AUGUCAGCCGAAACUGUCGCCGCCACCUUCUUGUCUAUGUGGAUAUCGCGUUUUGGCGUACCCUCCCAAAUCACAAGUGACCGGGGGCGGCAGUUCGAAAGCCAGUUCUUCACCGCUACCCUCCUCGGCACCACCAGGCUGCGCACAACGUCCUAUCAUCCUGCUUCUAAUGGCAUGGUGGAACGUUUACAUCGCCACCUCAAAGCCGCGCUCAUCGCCCACGAAGACAGAGAUCACUGGGUCUCCCAUCUCCCUCUCGUGCUCUUGGGUAUUCGUGCCGCCCUUAAGCCGAACCUCGGAUGCAGUUGCGCCGACCUCGUCUACGGCUGUUCACUCCGCCUCCCCGCAGAGUACUUUUGCCCGUCGAAACCCGACAUCUCACCUUCGGCCCUCCUUCAGCGCCUUCAUCGCUCUUUCAGCAUUGUGCGAGCAACCCCGUCGAGAGCUGCAUCCCACCAUAGCCCCAACAUCCCCCAAGACCUGCCUACGGCAACCCACGUGUUCCUGCGGACAGACCCUAUGCGCAAGUCCCUCUCUCCGCCUUACUCCGGACCGCAUCCUGUCCUCGCCAGGAACGACAAAAUAUACCGCAUUUUGGUAAACGGGAAAAAGGAUACCGUCUCAGUCGAUCGGCUGAAACCGGCGUAUCUCGAAAACCCCGGCAUUGUCGCCUCCUUUGCGCCCGGUUCCUCGUCGUCCGUCGCUCCCAACAGCCGCUCCUCUGCACCCGGCCACUCUAAGCAUGUCUCAUGGCCUCACAGCCUGGGCUGUCUCCAGCGGGAGGGCCCUGUAGCAGACGACACAGACGGCGUGCGCAGUGCGCAGGCACAUCGAGUUCUGCACGCCCCUCGUGUUACGCGCCAACCUUUGGCCAUUCUACUCGGCCACCCUGAUCCUGUUCAGUUGGCACUCAGCCGGCAAUAA